GUUCAUACAAAUGUAUACACCCACAUAUAAAUACAGCAAGGCGGAGAGAGAGAGAGAGAUUGUGUGUGUUUAUGUUAAAGAUUGUAACUUUCUCCUACCAAAACAGGUAUUUGCACACCCACUUUCAUUCUCUCUCUAAAUUCACUGAAAAGCUUUGACCAUUCUUUGUUGCACCCACCAUCUAUCUCUCUCCCCCCCCCCCCUUAGCAGAGAGAGAGAGAGAGAGAGAGAGAGAGAGAUAGAGAGAGAACUCUAGUUGAAGCUGACUCAGAAGUGGGAAAGAAUCAAAAUUCAAGCUUUGCUAUUUCUUGAUUAAUCUUUAUUAAAUGGGUGGGCAAGAUUGAAAGAUCAGUGAAUGUUCAUUUGUGAUUGUUGUGAUUAUAGUGAUGGAUGAUUUAAGAGGGUUUUGUUUGAGUUUAUUUGUUAUGUUACUGCUAUUUAAGCCCACAUUACAGCAACCACGAGCUGUGGAAUUGAGUUCAAGAAUUGAGAGAGUGGCUUUGUUGCAGUUGAGAUCUUCUUUGGGGUUGAGGAGUAAAGAUUGGCCUAUAAAGGCUGACCCUUGUACUGUUUGGGCUGGAAUUCUAUGUGAAAAUGGGAAGGUUAUUGGAAUUAACAUUUCCGGGUUUAAAAGAACUCGAAUUGGUAGUCAAAACCCUCAAUUUAAUGUUGAUUCUCUUGCCUUGUUUAGUGGAUUGUUAUCGUUUAAUGCUUCUAGGUUUAUGCUUCCGGGUUCGAUUCCUGAAUGGUUUGGUCAGAGGUUGAGGACCCUUCAAGUUCUUGAUCUCAGGGGUUGUUCGGUUGUUGGUGCUAUCCCUCCUAGUCUCGGGAAUAUGACUAGACUAUCAGAGUUGUAUUUAGCUAAUAAUGAUCUUACUGGGACGAUACCUGAUAGUUUGGGACAAUUGUCAAGUCUUUAUAUUCUCGAUAUUUCCCAAAAUGGACUUACAGGUGUUGUUCCCCCUUCUUUUGGUUCUCUUAAAAACCUUACUUCGCUUGAUAUGUCUGUGAAUUAUUUGUACGGGAUAAUUCCUCCAGCUAUUGGUGCUCUUUCCAAGCUGGAAAUCUUGAACCUAUCUAAUAAUAGUUUAUCUUCUUUGAUUCCUUCCCAACUCAGCAAUCUUUCUAGUUUGGUUGACCUUGAUCUCAGCUUCAAUUCAUUUUCUGGGUCAUUGCCCGAUUUUAGAGUUUUGAAGAAUUUGCAGAGGAUGGUAAUUGGGAGCAAUCAGCUUAGUGGUUACUUGCCAGAUAACAUGUUUGCUCCACUUACCAAGUUGCAGUUUGUAAUUUUGAGUCACAAUAAUUUUACUGGUGAGAUUCCUAGUAUAUUAUGGUCUAUGCCCUCUUUACGUUUUCUUGAUGCCUCUGCCAAUAAUUUCACUGGUAUUCUUCCCAACCUCAGUUUUGUUCCUAGUGCUAAUUCUGCCAUAUUCAACCUUUCAAGGAAUAUGUUAUACGGAGGCCUCACAACUGUAGUCGAGAGAUUCAGUUUUAUAGACUUGUCCGACAAUUAUUUCCAGGGUAAGGUUCCUGAUUAUGCUCGCAGUAAUGUGUCACUUGCUGAAAAUUGCCUUCGAGAUCAAACAAGUCAGAGGGCUACGUCACCGUGUGCAUCAUUUUAUGCUGAGAGGGGACUGGCAUUUGAUAAUUUUGGGGUGCCAAAUGCUACCCAACCCCCACCAAGGAAGCCCCACAAAAACAACCAUAAGAGGCUAAUCAUACUGGCCGCAGUUUUGGGCAGUGUUGGAUUUAUUGCACUCAUGAUAAUUGUCCUAGUUCUACUAAUUGUAUGCACACGGAAGCGCACCACAACCAGCCAAAGAGGCAAUGUUGUGGAGCCUGUUCUGACAAGUACAAGUCCGCCUCCGCCCGGGGUUUCUUUAAAUUUUUCUAGUUUAGGAGAAGGAUAUACAUAUCAACAGAUUCUCCAAGCUACAGGUAACUUCAGUGACGCAGACCUCAUUAAACAUGGUCAUUCUGGUGACCUUUUCCGGGGUAUACUGGAAGGUGGGAUUUCUGUAGUAAUCAAAAAGAUUGAUUUAAACAUUGUCAAGAAGGAGGCACACAUGCAAGAACUGGAUUUUUUUAGUAAAAUUUCUCAUCUUAGAUUUGUCCCUCUCCUGGGACACUGCUUAGACAACGAGAGCGAGAAGUAUCUAAUAUACAAGUAUAUGCCAAAUGGCGAUUUGCCAAGUUCUUUGUACAGGAAGACCCGAUCGGAAGAUGACAGUUUACAAUCAUUGGACUGGAUAACAAGAUUAAAAAUUGCUACAGGAGUUGCAGAAGCCCUUUCUUAUCUCCAUCAUGAAUGCAGCCCUCCCCUUGUUCACAGAGAUAUUCAAGCCAGUAGCAUUCUUCUUGAUGAUAAAUUCGAAGUUCGCCUAGGAAGCCUUAGUGAGAUCUGUGCUCAAGAAGGGGAAACUAGUCAAAGCAAGAUAACCAGGUUGCUGCGGUUUCCACAGUCAUCUGAACAAGGCGCUUCUGGUGGUACCGGUACACCUGCUGCAACUUGUGCUUAUGAUGUUUAUUGCUUUGGGAAAGUAUUACUUGAGCUAGUAACUGGAAAGUUAGGAAUGAGCGCAUCUAGUGAUGGUGCCAUGAAGGAAUGGUUGGAAGGCACAUUACCCUACAUCAGUAUAUAUGACAAGGAGCUUGUGACAAAUAUCAUUGAUCCGUCUUUAAUCAUUGAUGAGGACUUAUUAGAGGAAGUUUGGGCUAUGGCUAUUGUUGCCCGGUCUUGCCUAAAUCCAAAACCAGCAAGGCGGCCCCUCAUGAGGUAUAUCCUUAAAGACUUGGAAAAUCCAUUAAAAGUAGUAAGAGAAGAGAGCACCGGCUCUGCAAGGCUAAAAACUACUUCGUCGAGAGGAUCAUGGAAUGCUACUGUUUUUGGUAGCUGGCGUACGACGUCCGAUGUAGCAGCAGCUCCAGCAGCAACUACGUCUAACAAAAUGGAAGGAGCAAAUAGCUUGAAACAUUCAGGAACUUCAGGUUCUCAAGGAAGUGGUCAGAAUAAUGGUGGUGAUCAUUCAUCUUCAUACAGACGGCAACAGUCGAGGGAUAUAUUUCCGGAACCUUUGGAUGAGGGAAACUUAGAGAGUAGACAGGGUUGAUUCAAUCUUGAUUCAUUGUUAAUAACAAAGCAGGCUCCCCAUUUGAGUGCCUUGCUAAAAUGUCCUAGAGUGCUGCAAAAGAGACCAUUUUUGCCGAUACCUCAAGGUUUUCAGGACUCACAAACAUGAAACUUAAAUGUGGUGUUGCGGGAUAAAGGGCCAAUGGGAUGGAAUAGUGGUGAUUAGUUUUCAUAAUUGAUGUUAUUUGCUAGUUUUUUUUUGUGAAAAUUGUAAAUUAUAAUGGUUUUGGUUAUCGAGUUUAGGAGGAAAGUACACAAAAAGGCAGGGUUCUACAGGUCUGUCAUUUUCCGGAGGUUUUUCAGCUACAUGAAACUAAUAUAUAUUCAGUCCUUGCCUUAAUGC